AUGGAUAAAUACGAAGUAAUAGGAACCUUAGGCGAAGGUUCCUUUGGCAGAGUGUACAAAGCCAAACAGCUAUCCACCGGCAACUUUGUAGCUCUUAAAGUAAUCAGCAAACGAGGCAGGUCCGUCAAAGAACUGAAAGGCUUCAGGCGAGAAUGCGAAAUUCAAAGAGAUUUACACCAUCCGAACAUAAUCCAGAUGCUCGAUUCGUUCGAAACAGAAAACGAAAUUGUAGUCAUAACAGAGUUUGCACCAAAAGAGCUUACAGGAGUACUGAACAAAGAAGGUUACCUUACAGAAGAAAAAGUGCAACAAAUUGUGUGGGAUUUAGUGUCGGCCUUAUACUAUCUACAUUCAAAUCGAGUACUACAUAGAGAUUUAAAGCCCCAAAAUAUCUUGUUGGAUUUAGAAAAUAAGGCCAAACUAUGUGACUUUGGAUUCGCAAGAAAUAUGAGUACAGGUACCCAUGUUUUAACUUCAAUAAAAGGAACUCCAUUGUAUAUGGCACCAGAGCUAAUCGAUGAACUUCCCUAUGAUUAUAAUGCAGACUUAUGGUCAUUAGGAUGCAUUAUUUAUGAGCUCCUAAUGGGAACCCCUCCUUUCUGCACCAACUCUAUUUUGCAUUUAAUUAAAAAAAUUAAAAGUGAGCAAAUUAAGUGGCCAACAUUUCUUUCACCAGACUGCAUAUCUUUUUUAAAAGGUCUACUCCAAAAGAAUCCAUCCAAAAGACUGACUUGGAAUCAAAUAUUGAAUCACUCCUUUGUUAAAGGUCAUAUUUUAAUAUCAAAAUCUACAGUGCCAAUGCCUCUAACUUCCUCAUUGACUGCCAGUACCAAGCAAGUAAAAGAGCAACAAAGAAAAGACAGUAUGAACCAUAAACACCAUAAAGGGGCUGUACCAAAAGAAACUGACACAAAAAAAUCUGACAGCAAUAAAAGUUCAACUGGGGCUAUACCAAAAUCAGAAGAAUCUAAAAAGUCAAAAGAGAAACAAGAGCAGGAUAAAGCAAUGGAAAAUCUAAGUAAAUGCCUAAAAGAAAAAUUAAACUUCAUAGAAGACAAUCAUCCCAUUGAACCUGAAGAAUGGAUAGUGUUUUUGCAAAAAUCCAUACAAGAAGUAAUGAAUGGUGAAAUGUCCUCACUACUGCAACCAAAUUUAACCAACAUUAUAGUUUCCCCACUUAAAAACUCAAAUUCAAACAGUAAAGUUUUAAGUUUUGUGGUCAAGCUACUAUCCAUUGCGUUUGUUGUAAAAGGAACUUCAGAAAAAACACUGGACAGAAUCAAAAAAGUUUACUUGGAAGUCAAACUUUUACCAAAUCUCAUAUACGCUGUAAAACUUUUACUUCGCAACCUGCCAGACAUUUCAAAUUCGUCUUCUGGAGGUUUACCAGCCACAAAGAAUUUGGAAACUUAUAAAUCUUUGGAAAAACUAGACAAUGAAGAACUGCAAGCAUUAGAACACAUUGUAAUGUUGGUGUGCCAUUUGGUUUACAUUCAAGAUGAUUUUGUUUUACAAUUUUGUGACGCUAUAGUUAUUUUGAAUGUCUAUAGUUUGAUAAAUACACUUUUGGGAUUGGCCAAGCGAAAGCUGAGAAUAUCGAUGGAUAUUAUAUCAAUUUUAACGCAAACUAUAAGAAGACUGCCAGAAAAUACUGAAAUAAUUGAAAAAAUCGUUUUGAAUGAUGGUAAAACAGAUAGUCAGCUUCAUUUAGGAGAGUUUUUGCGCAACUCGAAUCCAAUUAUGAGGGAAAGGAGUUGCAUAUUUGUGCUUUUAAUGGGCAAAUAUUUUCAGCACAGCACUUUGGAAAAAAUAUGGAGCUUGGAAAUAAGAGAUACACUUGAAGCGUUGAUGUUUGAUUCCAUAGAAAGUGUGAGGAAUGCUGCUGAAGCCACUGUUAAUGAUUUAAAGCAUAAGGAAUUUUACAUGAAAUCUUCCAGUUUAUUUUAG